UGUACGUGUGAGCAGACAUGGCGCAGGGGAGUGAGAGUGAUCCACUGCACGAGUGUUUACAGCUUUUAAAGAGCAGUACAGCACAACCAGAUCUCUUCUUAAGUGUACAGGAUGGAUUGGCAGCAGACUUCACGUCCCUCACAAAGGACCUCUAUGACUUACACAAGGCUGAAAAGCUGGACGUGUGGAAGGGCAGCCCCCUGGAGCAGCUGAUGGUGAAGAACUUUGACGAGGAGCAGAUCUGGCAGGAGCUUGAGCUACAGAACUCGGCUGUGCUCUCUCAGUUUGAGAGCGCGGUCGACGUGGCCAUCGGUGACGAUGCAUUGACUCUGUUGGAAGAUUCGGAGGAGGAGGAGGAGGAGGAAGAGGAGGAGGAAGGUGGUGAAAGUGGCACAGACCAGGACGAAAAUGAAGAGGAUGAGGAAGAUGAUGACGACGAGAAAGAAAAAGAAAACAGACUGAAGCUCAAGUCAGCCAACGAGGAAGAGCUUUAUGACGAGGACUCGGAUAUCGAUUUUGAUGUUGAUGAAUUAGAAAAAGAAUCCAAACAAAAGAAGAAGCCGGGAACAAAGUCACAGAAACCCGGGACUGUGUCAGAGGUGGACGACAGGUUUUUUAAGCUGUCAGACAUGGAGACUUUCCUGGAUGACAUGGACAAGAUGGAAGGGAAAGCGAGCACAGGUGAAGAAAUCGAUUACUUUCAGGAUUUACCAUCCGAUGAAGAGGAGGAACUAACGUUUGAUAAGCCUGCUGCAUCAAAAGCAAAAAAGUUAAAAAGCUCCAGAAAUAUAAAAUACAAAGAUUACUUUGUAGACGAAGAGUCCGAGGAACAGGAUCCAGAUAAGAACGAGGAAUCGGAGCCUGACUUUGAAGAAGAAGAAGAAGAGGAGAAUUACGAGGAUUACGAGGAUGCAGAUGAUGGAGAGGAUUUUGAGGAUGAUGACCCUGAGGGCCAGAAAGCCAGAGAUGCUCUGCGUAAGGUGACCUUUGACCUACCCAGUGACAGUGAAGGAGAAGAUAUUGAGGAGAUUCUGGGUGGUAAAGCUAAAAAUGUUGGAAAACCAGAGAGCAAGUCAGCGUUUGAGAUAAGACAAGAGAAGAUGGCAGAAAAGAUCUCUGAGCUCGAGAAGGCGGCGUUGGCUGAGAAACCCUGGCAGCUGACAGGAGAGGUGACGGCUCAGACCCGACCAGAGAACAGCAUGCUGGAGGAGGAUGUGGAUUUCGAUCAGGCCUCCAGGACGGCUCCUGCAGUCACAGAGGAGACCACACUGCAGCUCGAAGACAUCAUCAAGCAGAGAAUUAAAGAUCAGGCGUGGGACGAUGUGGUGAGGAAGGAGAAGCCGAAGGAGGAGGUGUUUGAGUAUAAAAAGAGACUGACUCUGGACCACGAGAAGAGCAAGCUCAGUCUGGCAGAGGUCUAUGAGCAGGAGUACAUCAAAAAAACACAAGAGAAGAAAACAGAGGAGGAGGAGAAUCCAGCUCAUGUGGAAAUCCAGAAGCUCAUGGACACCCUCUUCCUCAAACUGGACGCUCUGUCCAACUUCCACUUUACACCGAAACCACACAUACCUGAGGUGAAGGUUAUCUCCAAUCUGCCCUCCAUCACCAUUGAGGAGGUGGCUCCAGUCAGUGUCAGCGAUGGCACUCUGCUGGCUCCUGAAGAAAUAAAGGGAAAGAACAAAGCUGGGAACGUUCUCGGUGACUCAGAGAAAACAGCCACUGAUAAGAAACGUGACAGAAGAACGAAGAAGAAACUAAAGAGACUGAAGAUUCAGGAGAAGGAGAAGAAGAUGAAGCUUAAAGAAGCAGCAAAUGAUGGAAAGAUGAAUAAAAAGUCCAAGGCUCAGGUGCAAGAGACUCUCAAGAAACUUACUAAAGGUGGAAAAGCCAAAGUACUCACGGACGACGGGAUGGACAAAGCACUGCGCUCGUCCCAAGCUUUCUUCUCUCAACUACAAGACCAAGUCAAGAGUCAGAUCAAGGGUUCAAAACAUCAAGCUGGCAAAAAGAAGCAAAAAGAGGUUUCUGCCAGCAAGUUAAAGCUGUAGAUCCCUAAUUGUUUUAUAAAUGUCAUGUACAGUUUUGUUCUGGAUCGCCAUUUAUAUUAAAUGUUAAAUGUGAUAUUUAAUCCA